AUGACUCCUACUCCAACUGCUCGGAUUUCCCAGUUCACUCUUAUCGCUGCACCCGUCAACUCCGACAUGUUAGCCCUUUUCUAUCGGCAGCAGUUCGCUGCCACAUACUGGCUUCCAUCAGACGGACUGCGUUCAUCCCUUCGCCCUGGAACUCCAUGUAGUGGUUUCCAGCAGAACUCAUUGGAUCCUGUUGGCCCUUCGAAGUGCUCUCACAUUCGGUUCCAUCCUGUUCAUGAUCUUUUCCACUCUUACUCUCUCGGAAAACCACCGCGGUUUCCGAAGCUUGAUGACACAGGCGUCGGCCGGCGUAGGACCUUGCAAGCCAAACGCACAUUCCGUGCCUUUAGAGAGGUGCUUCAGAGUGCUCUUACGUCUGGUUACUUCUACCUCUUCAUCUACUCACACCCUCACUCUCUUUGGGAACAGAAUUUCGACAUUGCAACCAAUUUGGCAUUCCCACUGCCCACAGAGCUUGAUGACACGAGCAUCGGCCGAUGCCUUGCAAGCCAAACGCACUUCCCGUGCUUCUGGAGAACAAAUACGCGCAGUUCAACGGCCGCCGAACUUGCCAAGUUCUCUUUGAACGCUAACCACGAGCCCGAUGUGAUUGACAGACUCGUUUCAUUUUACGAGAAGAGCAUCAUGUUGUCGGACGAAAUCCUUUACCGCCCGAUGAAACAGCUCAUCCGAAAUCAACCUGUCCACUCUUAG